GUGACACAACAUCUACUAUUCAUGAUGUUAAACAAAAACUUACAAAAGCAUGUCCAAAAUGGUACCCAUCCCAAGUUGGCCUGCAGAUAGAAUGUGGUGGACCUUUUUUGAAAGACUACAUCACUAUUCAAAGUGUUGCAGCUUCUUCCAUUGUCACACUCUACUUUACAGACUUAGGUCGACAAGUCAGUUGGACUACAGUAUUUUUGGCUGAAUACACAGGACCUUUGCUAAUAUACCUCCUUUUCUAUCUACGAAUCUCAUGUAUAUAUGAUGUGAAAGAGAGUUCUAGAAGAUUACGCCACCCUGUGGUACAUUUGGCCUGCUUCUGCCAUUCUAUACACUACAUUCGAAUACUUUUGGAAACUUUAUUUGUUCACAAGGUUUCUGCAGGACAUACACCUUUGAAAAAUUUAAUAAUGGGUUGUGCCUUUUAUUGGGGAUUCACUUCUUGGAUUGCCUACUACAUUAAUCAUCCAUGGUAUACACCACCAUCAUAUGGAAACAGGCAAGUCACAGUAUCUGCUAUCAAUUUUCUGAUUUGUGAAGCUGGAAAUCAUUUCAUCAAUGUAAUCUUGGCUCAUCCUAAUCACACAGGUUAG